AUGGCUAUGGCGAGCAGCUCAAGCACCGUAGAGAGGGCCAUUCGUGUUACUCUGGGGGGAGCUAACGGGCUCGUCAAGAGAGACUUCUUUAGCCUUCCUGAUCCAUUCGCUGUGCUCACCGUCGACGGUGAACAAACGAAUACGACCCGAAUCAUGAAGAAGUCGCUGAGUCCACUCUGGAAUGAAACCUUCGAUGUGAAUAUCCGCCAGUCGUCCACCAUCGCGAUCCAGGUAUUCGACCACAAGAAGUUUCGAAACCGAGACCAGGGUUUCCUUGGUGUAGUCAGUGUUCCUGCUUCGGAGGUGAUACAAUCUGCGGAAGAGAAUCGUGGCCUCAUCACCAAAGAUCUCACAAUGGCCGAAAACAAGCUGAACGUCUACGGAAAGCUCAUGCUCACAUUCGCAUUCCCAUCACAACGACCAUCUGAAGCCCAAGAUUUCUCGCGUCUCCCUAGAGCACAGUCUACUAUAGGUCUCUCCUCCGAGUUCUCAUCACAGGCUUUGUCGUCGUCCCUCACUCCUGCCCGGGCUUCAGUACCAUUACCCCCGUCGACCAGGCCGUCCACAUCCUCAUCAUCCCUUCGACCAUAUUCUACUAUUAGUGCUCCAUCCAUGCCUACACCUUCAAUAGAGAACGACGACCCUAUGCCUCCAGGUUUCGAGCGACGAUUAGAUCCCCACGGACGGCCCUACUACGUCGACCACAACACGAGGACAACAAGCUGGCGAUCCCCCAAUGCUCCAGCGUUAACGUUUCAGCAAUCUCCUCCUCCCACGACACCGUCUCCGCAUGUCUCCGCUUCCAACACACCAGCUCGUGCAGUAUCUCCAGCCGUCUCGAAUGCACCACCCCGAACUCAAAGCACAAUAACGAUACCGACUCCGCCAUCUGCUGCACCUCUAUCUAUCCCCCUUCCUGCUGGCUGGGAAGAGCGCGCUACGCCGGAAGGCCGACCAUACUUUGUUGAUCAUAGAACUCGCGCUACAACAUGGGUAGAUCCACGCCGACAACAACUUGCCCUACGACAGCAACAGCAAUCUACAGCCGCCCUUCCUUCACAAGUCCCCAAUCCACAGCUCGGACCUCUUCCAUCGGGUUGGGAGAUGCGAAUUACUUCUGCUGAGCGAAUCUACUUUGUUGACCACAACACACGAACUACCUCCUGGGACGAUCCCCGGCUUCCAUCACAGGUCGACGAAUCAGCACCCAAAUACAAACGUGAUUAUCGCAGGAAAGUAGUGUACUUCAGGAGUCAACCCAGAAUGCAGGUCUCACCAGGGAAAUGCGAGAUCAAAGUGCGACGAAGUCAUAUCCUUGAAGAUAGUUUCACUGCUGUCAUGGCCUUCCCAGCUACUGACCUCAAACGCCGGUUGAUGGUAAGCUUCGAUGGCGAGGAAGGUUUAGACUAUGGCGGUGUCUCGAGAGAAUGGUUCUUCCUUUUGUCACACGAAAUCUUCAAUCCUAGUUAUGGGUUGUUCGAAUAUUCUACCAGUGAUAACUACACCCUCCAAAUCAAUCCAGCGUCCGGCAUCAACCCUGACCAUUUGGACUACUUCCGAUUCAUUGGACGAUGCCUUGGCCUGGCGAUUUUCCACAGACGAUUUCUUGAUGCCUACUUUGUCCGCAGCUUCUACAAGAUGAUCCUAAAAAAGACGUCAACAUUGGAGGACCUAGAUAGCGUUGAUACAGAUCUACACCGGUCAUUAACUUGGAUGUUGGAAAACGAUAUCACGGACGUCCUCGACGAGACAUUCACGACGAUGGAAGAACGCUUUGGGGAGAUUGUGACCGUCGAACUCAAACCAGGUGGCGGCGAUAUUCCCGUGACGGAAGAGAACAAAGGCGAAUACGUGAAGGCCGUCGUUGCCUACCGGAUAUCUGAACGGGUGAAGGAACAAUUCAAUGCCUUCAGCCGCGGACUCCUCGAACUUAUCUCGUGGGACUUGAUCAAUGUCUUUGAUGAACGCGAGCUUGAGCUGCUCAUUGGUGGGAUGUCUGACAUUGACAUUGAUGAUUGGAAUAAAUUCACCGACUACCGGGGCUAUGAGAAGACCGACCAAGUCAUAGAAUGGUUUUGGCAAUGUCUUCGUUCAUGGCCCGCCGAACGCAAGGUUCGCCUCCUUCAGUUUACAACAGGUACCUCUCGCCUUCCCGUCAACGGAUUCAAGGACCUUCAAGGGUCCGAUGGACCGCGUCGAUUCACCAUCGAGAAGUCCGGCGACCCUCAAGGGCUUCCGAGGAGUCAUACGUGUUUCAAUAGGCUUGAUUUGCCGCCGUAUGAAGAUUACAAGAGCCUGGAGAGUAAACUGCUCUUCGCCAUCGAGGAAACCGAAGGAUUUACUGUUGAAUAA